GCGGAAUCUGUGUUAUAUGAUGCCUGUCAGCGGAAGGAGGGAGAAAUGUAUUCUGCUGUGUAGAAAUUGCUCUGGUUCUCCUUGAAAUAGUGUCUACACGCAAGAAACCAUCUGGUGCUCCAUUGCAAGUGUAGUAGAAAGGUGAUUUGUUGUUCAAGAGGCAUUGAGGAAGAUUUUUCAAAGAGGAAAGAUAUGGCUGACGGCCUACUUUUCAACAUUGUGACGGGGAUCCUCAGUAAACUUAAUUCCAUGGCACUUGCAGAGAUGGCAGACGCCUGGCAUUUCAAGGAUCAACUCAACAUGCUCACCGAGACAGUCACAACAGUGAAAAGUGUCCUAUUGGAUGCUCAAGAGAGGCAGGAAGAGAGCCAAACUAUUCGGGAUUGGCUUCGAAGGCUCCAAUCUGUUGUCUACAAGGCUCAUGAAUUGUUUGAAAAGAUUUCCGCUUUGAUCUCCAAGAAAGAGGAGAUCAACAAGGGCCAAGUAUUUUUUUCCAGUUCGAAUCAGAUAGUAUGUGCCUUCUCCAUUUCUCACAAGAUAAAAAGAAUCAGGUCUGAGCUAGAUGGCAUCGUCAGGGAUGGUAAUCUGUUCUCUUUUGUGCUAAGAGGCUGUGAAGAAAGAGGAGUACACUAUAUGAAGCGAGAUAGAGGCCAAUCUCAUUCUUUCGUUGAUGCAAAUGAUGUUAUUGGUAGAGACAAUGAUAAAAAUGCAAUGCUAGAGAGACUUCUGGUUGAAGAUGAUCAUGCGACUGUUGUGGCCAUUGUUGGAAUGGGUGGCUUGGGCAAAACUACUCUGGCUCAAGUCCUAUUCAAUGAUGAUGCAGUGGAGAAGAACUUUGAUUUACGGUUAUGGGUCUGCGUGUCGGAGGAUUUCGAUGUCCAUAUGAUUUGUAGAUUGAUCCUCAUGUCCGCAACCAAAAGGGAAUCUCCAAACUUAGAUAUGGAUCAGGUUCAUAGCCACUUGAGGAGAAAAAUUAGUGGAAAGAAGUACCUCCUUGUAUUGGAUGAUGUGUGGAGCGAGGACCGGGCAAAGUGGCUCAAGUUGCACCGCCUACUCAAGUGUGGCAAAUCAGGAAGCAAGAUAAUGGUGACCACACGAUCGAAGCGGGUGUCGAAAGCUUUGGGAGCUUUUGAUUCAUAUGAGUUGCAAGGGUUGUCACAUGAGUUUUCUUGUGAUUUAUUUAAAAGGAUGACAUUUGAGCCCGGAGUGGAGGACAUCAAUGGUCGACUAGUGGAUUUAGGGAAGGAAAUCGUUAAUAAAUGUGGGAAUAUUCCUUUGACUAUAAUAGUCAUAGGAAGUCUUUUGUAUGGGGGAGAUGAAAGAGUAUGGUUGUCCAUCUGUGGAUCUUUUGCCAAAGUAUUAAUAGAAAAUGAUGUUAUGCCAAUUCUGAAAAUUAGUUACAAUGUAUUGACUUCACCAUUGAAGACUUGUGUUGCUUACUGUGCGUUCUUUCCGAAGGAUUAUGAAUUCUCAAAGGAAGAACUAAUCAGUUUGUGGAUGGCAGAGGGCUUCCUCAAUGCACCAGAUGGAAGUGGGGGCAGGCUGGAAGAAGUAGGACCUGAAACUAAAGUGGCGUUGUCAGAGGACAUGAGGAUAGAAAAGGGGAUCCGUCGCUUGUCCUUGGGAUAUGUUCUUAAUUCAACUCAGGAUGUGCCAAGUCGUCUAUGGGAUUUGAAGUUCCUACGCCAAAGGCUUCCAAGUGCGCGAUUGAGUGACCUGAGAAAUCUGAAUGGCCUAAGAGGAAGAUUGGACAUUUUUUUAAUAGGAGAAAUAAAAGACCUAACAUUCGAAGCUAAUGAGGCGGACUUGAGUAGCAAGCAUGCUUUAAAUGAGUUGCAGAUAGAAUGGAUGCUGCCUGAGUCGCAAAAUGAAGGGCGUAAUAUAAGGCGGAGUGCCAUUGAAAAUGCCAAAUGUAUUCUUGAAGGCUUGAAACCACACAGUAAUUUGAAAUCAUUGACAAUCACAAACUACUUUGGGGGGAAGCUCCCAAGUUGGGCAUCAACGGGCAAUUCUCUUUUGGUUGAGAUUCGACUCAUCAAUGUUGGGAGAUGCCAACUCCCUUCAUUCAGCAAUCUACCUGCCCUCAAACGACUAGCUGUGCAGAUGUCGUCCGUGAAAUUCAUGGAGCAUCAGGAGGAUCCCUCUACAACAACAUUUUUCCCAUCUCUUCAAAGGCUUGAAUUAAUUGAAAUGAGAAACCUGGAAGGAUGGAUGAAUGUACAGCCAAAUCCUCACUCAAAGGUUUCAUUUGUUAGUCUAUUGCAUUUGGACAUAACUGAUUGUCCUAAGCUGAGCUUCUUUUCGGCAUGUCCAAAUGUAAAACAUUUGUUUUUAAGGGGAAUGGGUGAGGCCAACUAUGGGUUUGUGAAGGCAAUAAGUCUCAGAGAGAAGGCGUAUCUGGGCAUAGACAACUCCCUAUGCCUCAUGUCCUUUCCGAAGGAAACGUUUCUGCACAAACUGUCUUGCAUCGAGGUGUUAGGUGAUUACAAGUUAACAAGCACUCAGAAUAUCCGGGAAAUCCUCACAGCCAAUAAUCUCCCAUCCCUCCAGCAUUUACGAUUCAUUUAUUGCAAGAACUUGCAGUCUGCAGCAUCAGGUUUGGAGAAACUCGCUGUAGAGGCAUUGACCUUUAAUUUUUGUCUAAAUCUUGACUUUUCUGAAAAUGGGAUGCAAUGGAAAGCAUUGAAUAUUAAACCUCUUCGAACUCUACAGUUGCUUGGCUUGCCUAAAACAGAGAGUCUUCCCAGUGGGAUGCGGUUCUUGACCAACCUACAUACCCUGCAUCUUGCACUCGGGAAUUUAAAAAAUUUGCCCGAGUGGAUAGGCUGUCUAUCGUCGCUUCAAUGUCUCGAACUUGAGUUUUGCUGCAAGCUCACAUAGUUUUUCAGAAUUGGCAUAACAUCAUUUUCUAUGGCAUAACACCAUACUCUUUCAUCUUCCCCAUACAAAAGACUUCCUAUGACUAUUAUAGCCAAAGGAAUAUUCCCACAUUUGUUAACAAUUUCCUUCCCUAAAUCCACUAGUCGACCGUUGAUGUUCUCCACUCCGAGCUCAAAAGCCAUCCUUUUAAAUAAAUCCCAAUAAAACUCAUGUGACAACUCUUGCAACUCAUAUGAAUCAAAAGCUCCCAUAGCU